AUGUUUCUAGGAUCAACAAGAUACCUCAGUGCAACGAUUCAAAAUGAAAUGAUCGAGUGUUUGGGCACCAAACUCGAGAAUCAUUUAUUGGAUCAAAUUAGGGCGUCACCGUUUUUCACCAUCAUCAUGGAUACCACGCAGGACAUAUCAAAAGUGGAUCAACUAAGCAUUGUCGUAAGAUAUGCAGUGAUAUCAAGAUCGGAAAAUGGACAACCAAUCGAUAUUGAAGUAAGAGAGGUAUUUCUAGGUUUCCACGCAGUCACCAAACACAGCGCCGCUGAUUUGGUAAAUCAAGUUACCACGUUGUUCUCCGAAAAGGGUCUUGAUUUUAAAAAGUGUGUUGGGCAAGGUUACGAUGGGGCCAGUGUAAUGAGUGGUGCGUAUAAUGGUGUACAAAAACAAGUUAAAGAUAUUCAGCCAAACGCAGAGUACGUACAUUGCGCCAGUCAUAAUUUAAAUUUGGUAGUAAAUGAUGCCGUUCGAGGUUCCGUCGAAAUUCAGAAGUUUUUUGCAACAAUUCAGGACUUGUUUAACUUCUUUGGAAACAGCAUUAAGCGCUGGGACCUUUUAUCGAAAUUCACCGGUGAAUCAGAAAUCACUUUGAAAAAAUUGAAUCCGACAAGAUGGUCCAGCAGGGUUAACUCAAUAACUGCAGUCAAACUUCGUUUUUUCGAUAUCAUUAAAGCAUUGUCCGAAAUAACGCUGAAGAGUUCCAGUAAAGACGAACGUAGUGAAGCAGAGAUUAUAAAAUCGAAAAUGCUGAAUUUUGAGUUUGUAUUUCUUUGUGAAUUCAUGCACAGCGUAUUGAACAAGAUCAAUUAUGUUUCCAAAGUUUUGCAAAAACGUGAUAUUGUUUUGGACGAAGCGAGUAAGGCUUUGGACGAAACAACGGAUAAAUUGAAAAAGUAUAGAAAUGACUUCGAGUCCUUCAAAUCCAAGGCCACCGAAACCGCGAGAAAAUACGAUAUCGAUUCUACCUUUCCAGAAAAGCGACGAAGAAAAACUAAAAAGCAUUUCGAUGAAUUGGCUUCUGAUCACCGAUUCGAAAACCGGGAAGAAGUCUUUAGAGUAACUAUUUUCAACAAUGUACUCGACAUAAUAAUCAAUCAGUUAGAUGCGCGUUUUAUUGGUAUGAGUGCAGUUUGUAAAUCAUUCGACUUCCUGAUUCCAAAAAAUUUGCUUAGCUGGAAUGAAACGAUUUUACUCAAGAAAUGUGAUCAGUUUCAGAAGAAAUAUUGCGAUAUAAUUGGACCCAAUUUUUCGCUCCAAUUUCUUAAUGUGUAUCAUCUGAUCCUCCCUCAAUUGAUGGAGACGUGGUCUAUUCGCCAGCUUUGCAAAGAAAUUAUAACGAAAUUUGGCGUGCUCGAAUGUGACCUUACGGAAGUGUAUACAGCGAUGCUACUGUUUCAUACAAUUCCUGUUACUUCCGCGGCAGCAGAAAGAUCUUUCAGUAAACUGAAGAUUAUAAAAAAUUAUUUGAGAAACAGCAUUCGACAAGAUCGCCUGCGACAUCUAUCGUUAAUUGCAAUAGAAAAUGAGGCGGCAUCAAACUUGGAUUUGAGUGAAAUUAUAGACGAAUUCGCAAAAAUUAAAGCGCGCAAGAGAUUGUGA